AUGAAGGAUUCGGGUCGUUCGUCCGGCAUGCCAGAACCCCUACCGGACUGGAAGGAAGGAGCCGUGGUUUGGAAAUGGGCGUUACCGGUACACAGUUAUAUCUUUGGGAUAACCUUCUUUGCUGUUGCCAUGUACGGGGUCUACAAUCUUGGCAAACUAUGGCAAACUCAAAUGAGAAAAUCUAGAAAUUACUUCAUUUGUAUCACAUUGUUGGUUUGUCUGUUUGGUCUAAGCCGAGCCAUAGUGUUGCUAGCCGAUCCGUAUUCCACGGGUAGACCUCUUCAGCUAACGCCAGGAUACGGGCUACUGUUGUUCUCCUUGGGUUACCCUUGCCUGACAUCCGGGUUCUUUCUCAUGAAUUGGUCGUUGGUAGAGGUUACCAAGCUGCAGUUGCUACCGUCGGUCAUCCACAAGCGUAAAGUACUGGCAUUUGUUUUGCUCGUGCAUUUUGUCGUCGUCGUUACAUUCGAUACGAUUUUUGUGUUCUUCCCGAGUACACAUAUACUGCUGUUCAUCUGCCGUUCAUUCUUCGUGCUUUGGGGAAUUUUGCUGUUCGGUGGUUUCAUCAUAGCUGCCCGACGUAUCCGGCAACAGGUCAAACAGACGCUGAGAACUAUUACUCAAAUCGAGAGUACGAGCAGAAAUAAUAACACCGUCGAUUCGAGCACGGAAAAUAAUACCAGCCACGCCAUCACCAUAGCAACAGCUGACGACAACAACAGGUUCCAGCAAGCUCGUACCAGGAAAGUGAUGAAGAUCUCGCGGCGUGCUGCGGCCACAGGUCUCCUAAUCUGUUGCACGCAGACGUAUGCACUCUGGGAGUUUUAUGUGUUUUACAACGAUGACGUCAUUCCUAAAGCCUGGCCUUGGUGGAUAUAUCAGACAAUUUUUCGCUGCAUUGAAGUGUUCAUGGUCAGUCAAAUGUUUCUGAUCAUUCAACCGAGAAAAUAA